AUGGUGGUUGCCAAAGCAACAAAGGCAUCGAACGCACUCAUCAGCAUUGCCCGUAAUACCUGGGGCAUAGGCUAUAAUGCAGCCAAGAAUAUCUACUUAGGUGCUAUAGAACCUAUCCUUCUUUACGCAUCCCCCAUCUGGGCUGAUGCCACCUCCAAAGUUUACAUACAACGCAAACUCCUCAAAGCCCAAAGAGUGGCUGCUCUCCGUAUUUGUAGAGCCUACCGGACUGCUCCCACUGCUGCCCUGCUGGUGAUUACUGGAAUCACCCCAGUUCACAUCAAGGCCAGAAUGAUUCACAGAAACUGGAAUGCCAACAACCUCUUCAGUAACUGCCACCCUCUCAACAAUGAUAAAAACAAAAGUAUUCUUUCUGACCUCCCUACCCACCUGAAAGAAGACAUUCUUUCUUCUGGUAUUGAACUGAAAGACAUUCAACUUAAUAUUCUCCAAGACUACCCGUUCAUAAACAGUGACUCCCAGUCAUCCAAUGAAUCCGACUUCUCCAUCUACACAGACGGAAGCAAGGACGACAUCAACGUGGGGGCGGCUUUUGUUCUAUAUGACCACCAUAACGGUAACAUCCAUCGGUCAGCCUACAAACUAGGGCCCCAUUGCUCGGUUCCACAAGCCGAGAUUCUUGCCAUUGUCAAAGCCCUUGAUCAUGUUUACGCAGACUGGUUUCCUCCAAAUAAAACCAUCGCCAUCUACUCUGACAGCAUCACGGCGAUCCAUUCUAUCACGAACCUUAAGCAAAGAGGUGCCAACGUUCUGCAUAUCCACCAUUUGCUCUCCAUCAAUAAGCACAAGCACAAGCACAACAUUUCCUUCAACUGGGUGCGAGGGCACUCUGGGGUCGCUGGGAACGAGGCCGCCGACCAUCUGGCUAAGACUGCUGCUACCUCUUCGCUCCCUUCCACCUACAACAGAAUCCCACUCUCGAAAAUCAAACAAUGGAGCCGUCAACUUGCCCUUCAAGAAUGGCAAAAUGAAUGGGACGGCGGGGACACCGGUCGGGUGACCCACAACUACAUCCCCAAUAUCUCACAUCGUCUAGAGUGGAAGCACCUCACGCCUUCCUUUAUCAUGACCCAGUUACUUACGGGUCAUGGCAACUUCAACGCAUACCUAAAUCGUUUCCGCCUAAGGGAAUCUGGUGUCUGUCACUGCGACGAUACUGCAAUACAAGACAGUAAUCAUUAUCUCUUGGACUGCAGCCUCUUCGAUCACCAAAGAAACAAUCUCAUCGGAUGUGUUCUGUAUGCAGGCUUCAACUGGCCUUGUUCUCCUGAUACUCUGCUUGAAAACAAGGAUAUCUACAAUAGCCUCAAAAAGUUUCUCACAUCAACGGCAGCGCUCUGCCCUCGGCGCAACCCUCACACAACCGACAACGACGAACCAUCGCAUCGCAUUGAUCUACGCCACAUCAGGUUUCCUCCCGUCUUCAAAUAUGUGCACCAGCAGUUCAGGACUCUUUGCUCUGUUUGA